CUACAAUCACAUUCCAUGAUCUCUUGAAUCACCACUAAUUCAGUUACAAGAUUAUUCAUAAGCAAAAAAAGCUUCACAAUGGUGAUCACCCUAUACCAAACGUUCCUUUACAAGGAACUUUCCAUUUCCCUUUUCAUUUUCUUGAUAACCCAUUUAUUCUUCAGAACUUUUCUCCUCAAAAUCAAUCACAAAAAACUUCCACCAGGGCCAAAGGGUUAUCCAAUUGUAGGUGCACUCCCACUAAUGGGAACCAUGCCUCAUCUCACACUCUUCAAAAUGUCACAAAAAUAUGGACCCGUAAUGUACCUAAAAAUGGGAUCACACAACAUGGUUGUAGCCUCAACGCCUUCUUCAGCCAAAGCAUUUCUUAAAACACUUGACCUAAAUUUUUCAAAUAGGCCGCCGAACGCUGGCGCAACACACCUAGCUUAUGAUUCACAAGACAUGGUUUUCGCGGACUAUGGAUCUAGGUGGAAAUUACUUAGAAAACUAAGUAACUUACACAUGCUCGGUGGAAAGGCUCUUGAAGAUUGGUCGAAAAUUCGAGGGGACGAAAUGGGACACAUGAUUCGUACAAUGUAUGAUUGUAGCAAGAAAGAUGAAUCCAUUGUUGUGUCUGAGAUGUUAACGUAUGCUAUGGCGAAUAUGAUAGGUCAAGUUAUAUUAAGUCGUCGUGUGUUCGAGACAAAAGGUUAUGAAUCGAAUGAAUUUAAGGAUAUGGUUGUUGAGCUCAUGACCACUGCUGGUUAUUUUAAUAUUGGUGAUUUUAUACCAAUUCUUGCUUGGUUGGAUCUUCAAGGCAUUGAACGAGGGAUGAAGAGCUUACACAAAAAAUUUGAUGCUUUGUUGACAAAGAUGAUUGAGGAGCAUGUGGCUUCUAGUCUAAAAAGUCAUCGGGUUAAACCUGAUUUCUUAGACAGACUCAUUGCUCAAAGUAAGGAAGAUUCUGAUGGGGAGAAAUUAUCACUCACUAACAUCAAGGCAUUACUCUUGAAUCUAUUUACUGCAGGAACCGAUACAUCAUCAAGUAUCAUAGAAUGGGCCCUAGCAGAAAUGUUGAAGAAUCCCAAAAUCAUGAAAAAAGUUCAUGAAGAAAUGGACCAAGUCAUAGGUAAACAACGACGGUUCCAAGAAGCAGACAUUCAAAAGCUUCCUUAUUUACAAGCAAUUUGCAAAGAGACAUAUAGAAAACACCCAUCAACACCACUAAACUUGCCACGUGUUUCAUUAGAACCAUGCCAAGUAAAUGGCUAUUACAUCCCAAAAAACACUAGGUUAAGUGUGAACAUUUGGGCUAUAGGAAGAGACCCUAAUGUGUGGGAGAAUCCAUUGGAGUUUAAUCCAGAAAGGUUUUUAACUGGUAAAAAUGCUAAAAUUGAUCCACGUGGAAAUGAUUUUGAGUUGAUUCCUUUUGGUGCUGGGAGAAGAAUUUGUGCUGGAACAAGAAUGGGGAUUGUGCUUGUUCAAUACAUUUUGGGCACUUUGGUUCAUUCAUUUGAUUGGAAGUUACCAAAUGGUGUUGUGGAUUUGAACAUGGAUGAAUCAUUUGGACUUGCUUUGCAGAAAAAAGUUCCUCUUGCUGCUAUUGUUAGCCCAAGAUUGUCUCCAUCUGCUUACAUUCUUUAAGUUUGGAAAAUUGUUGUUCGCACAUGUGUUUAAAUUGAAACACACCAGUAAAUGCCCAAAAUAUCCCUCGGCAGUUAAUUGUCGUCGGUUUCAAUAUUCCUCGACAGUUAGGUGCCACCAGGUUUUUGAAAUCCUCAGCAGUUAACUGCCGAUGCGCUGUUCCAUCAAAUUAUAACUGUCAGCUUUUGGUCAUUUACUGGUGUGUUUCAGCUUAAACACAUGUGUGAAGAGCAAAUUUCUUAAGUUGGUCAUUGCGUUCACUAGCUACAUUCAAGCAUUUUGUUAAUUAUGUGUCUCUGUUUUUGUUUUGAUUUGUUUAGGGUGAAAGUGUGUUUGUGCUUCUUUUGGGUACUAUAUUGUGCGUGUUUGUAUUAAUAAUAAAAAGGCUAAGUAACUUUUUUAAUUAGUCCA